AUGCCUCUCGACGGCGGCCUCGACACCAAGGAGUACGCAGCGCACGGCGGCGCAGUGCCCAUCCAUGUCGCUGGUAACGGCUCGGGCCCCGUUGCCGUCGCCGUUGUCAGCGGUCUCAAGCAGGAGGAGGACCACCGACUCGUCGUCGACGCCCUUCGGAAAGUCAUCGCCAAGCAGCAGCUUGCAGCCCCUCGUACCGCUGGACGUUUGUCCCUCGUCAAGAAGCAGCUCAUCGUGUUUGACUUUGAUUGGUCGCUCGCGGACCAGGACACGGACCGUUGGGUGCACGAGGCGCUUGCCCCUCAUCUCCGGCGGAGGAUGAAGUCGCUCAAGCCGCAUAUGCAGUUCACUGAUCUUUGCGCUAUGAUGCUGCGCGAACUCCACGCCGAGGGCAAGACACCGGAACAAAUCAAGGAUGCUAUGCGAGCCCUGCCAUUCCACCCGGGCAUGGUACGUGGCGUGAAGGCGCUUAAGGCGAGCAAGCUAGUAGACACGACGUUCUUCCUCUUGUCCAACUCGAACACGGUCUAUAUCGACACGAUCCUGACCGAGCAGGGCCUGCAACCGCCGACCGGGCCGCAGAUCUUUACGGAGAUCGUGACGAACCCUGCGCGCUUCCUCCCGAGCGGGCUGCUGGAACUGAAGCGCCGCGUGCCUGCUCCCGGCGAGCCGGGCAGCCGCGAGCACGGCUGCGCGGUCGGCUGCUCGGCGAAUAUGUGCAAGGGCGAAGAGCUGGACGCGUUCAUUGCGCGGCACGGCGGGCGGCAGGCGUUCGAGCGGAUUAUCUACGUUGGUGACGGUGGCAACGACUUCUGCCCCGUCCUGCGCCUCGGCGCGCAGGAUGUUGCGUUCGUACGCCUGCACAGGGGCCUGCAGAAGCGCAUCCUCAGCGAGGGAGGCAUCCAGGCCGCUAUCAGGUGGUGGGCCGGCGCAUGGGAGAUGGAGGGCCUGCUCGGCGAGCUGCACGGCGUUGAUCCCACCGCUGAGCCGGCGGGGCGCCAGGAACAUUAA